GUGUGUGGUCUCUCGAAGGUCAAUGGGGACUAGAGACUCUACUCCACGACUGAUACUCUGGCUCUGCUUAGGGCUUUUGAUUCUAGUCGUUGGUUUUGUUCAAUGCGGCGUUACCUAUGACCGUAAAGCACUUCUCAUGGGCAGAGACGAAUCCUCUUCUCUGGCUCUAUACAUUACCCUCGAAGCACACCUGAUAUGUGGGAAGGUUUGAUUCAGAAGGCGAAAGAUGGAGGCGUUGAUGUGAUUGAGACUUAUGUCUUCUGGAAUCUCCAUGAGCCUUCUCCUGGCAAAUAUGAUUUUGAUGGGAGAAAUGAUUUGGUGAGAUUCGUUAAGGCAAUACACAAAGCUGGUUUAUAUGCUCAUCUACGCAUUGGACCUUAUGUCUGUGCCGAGUGGAAUUUUGGAGGGUUCCCUGUUUGGUUGAAGUAUGUUCCUGGAAUCAGCUUCAGAACAGAUAAUGAGCCUUUCAAGAGAGCUAUGAAAGGAUUCACAGAGAGAAUAGUUGAGCUGAUGAAGAGUGAGGACUUGUAUGAGUCACAGGGUGGCCCCAUUAUCCUUUCUCAGAUUGGGAAUGAGUAUGGAAGACAAGGGCAGCAGUUGUUGGGUGGAAGGUCACAACUACAUGACAUGGGCUGCUAAAAUGGCUACUGAGACUGGUGUCCCCUGGGUCAUGUGCAAAGAAGAUGAUGCCCCUGACCCUGUGUUUUGUCUU